AUGUCCAAAUACGUAUUGUUUGGGGGAUCUUGGCUGAGAAGGGGUCCUCCAUGGGAAUGGGUGUUGAUACCUACGCGUAGUCCAGCCCUGAGAAAACCACUGUCGACUUGGACGACAGCAAAGCCAACAUCCUCGCGGCCAAAAGAGUGUCUACAAGUCUGGCCAUGGUUGGCUGGUCCUAUCCUCGGAGCCAGCCUGUUCUUCUCCGUGCACAAGCGUCCGAUCCAGCUCGAGACAGACACAUUCCUUCAACGAGUCAACCUAACUCGCGAGGAAUCUCAAGACGACAUUGACCUACCCAAAGAAGACGCUAUUCUGACCCCCGCACCUAACGUCCCUCCUCCCAUCACCCGGACACAUCCAGUUCUUCUCCGCGUCCCAUUGACGACGAGCACCAAAACGCGCCAACUAACCAGUCAAUACAAGUUCGACACAUGGACCUUCAACGACAGCGUCCCCGGCCCGUUCAUCCGCGCGCGCGUAGGUGACGUUGUCGAGCUAAGCCUGACCAACCAUGACCGCACCGGCAACCCACACAACAUCGACUGCCACGCCUUCACCGGCCCCGGCGGCGGCGCAGCCGUCACCACCGCCGAGGAACACGAGACCAAAACCGCGCGGUUCAAGCUCCUCUGCCCGGGUCUGUUCGUCUACCACUGCGCAGCGGCCCCGGUCCCCGUGCAUAUCGCUAACGGCAUGUACGGGCUGAUCUACGUGCAGCCUGAAGACGGCGAUGCCCUCUCCCCGGUGGAUAGGGAGUACUACGUCAUGCAGAGCGAGUUCUACCACGAACCUCCUGAGAUUGAGGACGACGGCCGGCCCUCGUCUACAGUCGAGUUCUCGUACCCUGCGGCGCUGCGCGAGGAGCCCUCCGCGGUAGUCUUCAAUGGGAGCGAGUCGGCGCUGACGCGGGACCGGCCGCUGAAGGCGAAGACGGGGGAGUCGGUGCGGAUCUUCUUCGGGAAUGCCGGGCCCAAUCUGACGAGUUCGUUCCAUGUCAUCGGAAGCCAUUUCCAGCACGUCUUUCGGGAUGGAGGGGUGGUUGACCCGCCGGCGAGGGUGUUGUCGACGGUGGGUGUGCCGCCGGGCGGUGCGGCAAUUGUCGAUUUGAAGAUGAUCGUCCCGGGGACGUAUACGCUUGUCGAUCAUGCGAUAUUCCGCAUGGAUAAGGGGGCGGUUGGGUAUUUGAAUGUGGCGGGGGCUCCUCGUCCGGACAUCCUUUAUAGUGAGAUGCCGCCGGAGCCUUGUGUAGGGUGCAAGCUGCAUCCAUAG